CAGGUUUCGUUUUCCGCGGGCCUUGACCGGGCCCCAGGGGCCGCCACAAAUUUACCUGGUUUCAAAACUCGGUCCGAUGGAAAUCCGUAGCCAUUGUGGCUCAAGGCUCGCAGAAAUUGUGGCGCGGGGCGCUUAGUGGGACGGAAUGGAUCCUGCGAGCAACGAUUUGGAAACGAACAGCCCCAAGGUGUUCACCAAUGAGAUCGAGCAGGGGAACGCCCUGGUCAAGACCGCAGCUUUUCUGGUUGGGCUCGCAUCAUGCAUCAGUGGGAUUCUCCAGCUGAUCGACCUAGGCUUCCUGUUGACGAAUUUUACCUUCUACCUGCUCUCGGUCUACCAGGUCUUCUUCGCCAUCACGACCAUGCUCUUCGAGGCGAAGCCCGACUGGGUGGUGAAGAUCCAGGACACCAUCAAGCUUCCCGUGAGUUCUUACCAGGACACACUGAUGAACAACGCAGCCUUUCUCACCACCACUGGCGGUCGUGGACUGUUCUACGUCUUCCUCGGGUCCCUGUGGUUCGGCUUCCCAGAAGGUACACACGCGUCUUUCUUGACGUUCCUGACUGGUCUUGCGCUAUUGGUAGUAGGUAUUGUACACAUCGCCAUGCAUUUCGGCAUCAUGCCGCACCACGUUGUCGCGAAGGUCCAGGCAACGGCCCAGGGGUCCUACGACCACAUCGCAGGCAGGAGCUGAGGCGGGCAGGCGGCGCGCGGUUUGGAGGGCAGGAGCCGCAAGAGACGGGCUCCAGCCGAGUCGCCCCAGGCUGAGUGUCUCCAGCCUGCCGGCAUCUCUCCCUUCCUCCGCACCCCCCUCCCCGACCCCUCACGUAGGCACUUAGGCAUUCUCUCCUUGCCAGGCGCCCGGCGACGGUGCGAGCGCCCGAGAUCUGGAAGGGCGCCCGGCAGAGCGCCCUGGCGCCCGCACGCUGUGCAGUGGCGCUGCGCUUCUCUCGACACCCGAGGCGGGCCCGACUAAAGGUUGAACCCGCCGCUGUCCGCCAGGUCGUGGCAGACAAAAAAAAAGAAGAUCGGUCCGAUGGAA